UGAGCACCCAAACACAGACUGAGCAAAGAGGGCAUACAUGAGGAGCCAGGAAAACAGCAAACCUUGGCUUAAGUCAGGAAGUGUGUAUGUGAGUGCAGGAAAAAAAAGAAAAAGGUGGGGGAGAGGAGAGGAGGAGUGAGACAUUCUUUAAACUAAGAAGAGAAGCGAGAAGAAGCGGAGUGACAGAAGCAGGAAAAGGAGGGAGAAGCGCCUUCUGGACAUGGGGCUUUAUGCCGUUCUCCUCAUCUCCCUUUGCCAGGCUGAGCUGGGGACAGUCUUAGCUCAAGAGCGAACAGAUACUCAAAGUGGGCCUGCUCUGCGAGCAAAUGGAGAUUUGUCGAGCUUCCACAGAACCAGGGGGGACCAGCAGAGUCACCAAAAACAUAGAGAGGCUCGCAGUGCACAGACUGAAGGAGUCGAUAUCAGUACCCUGCCUGACAACAUGACACACAUAGUGGAGGACUCGCAGAAAUACUACACAUGGAAGAGCUUUGGUCCUACAGACAGACAGGCAGACAGUUUAUGGGUGGAUCUAGAUAGUCUACACAGGAGUCAGGUUAAAAUCCAUGGCAUCCUGUCCAACACACACCGACAGGCAGCGAGGGUGGCUCUGUCUUUUGAUUUUCCUUUUUAUGGACACUACUUGAGACAGAUAAUUGUAGCAACUGGAGGGUUCAUCUUCAUGGGCGACAUUACUCAUCGAAUGUUGACAGCUACACAAUACGCUGCACCUCUCAUGGCCAAUUUCGAUCCGAGCUCCUCCACUAACUCAACAGUGAGAUAUUCAGACAACGGAAAUUUGUUUGUGGUGCAGUGGGACAAAGUGCGGCUGAAGGACAGAGAGAAUGAAGGAUCUUUUACGUUCCAGGCAGCCCUCCACAGUAAUGGCACCAUCGUUUUUAACUACAGAGAUAUACCCAUACCAGUGGAAAAAAUGAAUUCCCCUGAGCAUCCUGUCAAAGUAGGACUGUCAGACGCAUUCAUGGCCUUUCAUCCUGCAUCAAUGCCAGGCAUAAAGCGGCGCACCAUCUACGAAUAUCAUAGGGUUGAAAUUGACGCCACAAAGAUUGUCAGCAGAUCUGCGUUUGAGUUCAUCCCUUUGCCCACUUGUCUCCAGCACACGUCCUGUGACCUCUGUCUGAAAUCCAACCUGACAACUGGCUGUGGCUGGUGCAACACUCUCCAGCGGUGCUCAGAUGGUAUAGAUCGCCACAGACUCGAGUGGUUGGAAUACAACUGCACCAAGGAGGCCACAGGAACCUGUGAGGAUUUCAACCCAGUGGAAUCUGAGGGAUCUAUGAGUCCAUUCAACCACUCAUCUCCAGGUCCAACACCUUCAGCAACACCUUCAGAAGAUCUUGUUACCAGGAAUUUACCAAUCGAUCUUCCAAGCCACAAGGGGAUAAAUGAGAACACGGCCAUCAUAGCAGGUGUAGUGGCUGCAUUAGUUCUGCUUGUGACUUUGACCUUGCUGGCUGUUUACUACAUCAAUACCCAUCCCACAAUUGCUCCACCGUUCUACCUCAUGCAGCGACACACACCAAACUACUGGCCUUCCACAAAGUUCCGCAACCAAGGAUGCCACUCCAGUUAUGCUGAAGUGGAGUUUGGUGUUCAUGAAAAGGAAGGCUUCAUCGAAGCGGAGCAGUGCUGCUAAGAACCUUGGACUCACUCAGACUCUUGAGGAGGAAGAACGCAAAUGAUCUUGGGAUUAUAGAAGAACCAAACAAGGCUGAAUAUGGAAAAUGAGGUGCACCGCUGACACACGAUGUCAUUGCUCCAACCUUUGUGGCUGGAGAGUGUUUACUGUAACUGCUCUCAAAGCCUCUUUCCUUCUUUCUCGUGAUUGUUUUCAUGUUGUUUUCAGUCACUGAUUUAGCCGUGUGACUCAAGGGUUGAAGGGUCAUGUUGGUAAGGACUAGAUUUUACCAACAUGAUGAGAUGCAAAGGAGUACCUGGUCAAGACCCAUAAAUGCUGUCAGGGAAUAAAUGAAACAAGCCUUCAUUCUGCAAACCAAUAUACAGCUCAGUUUAACUUUGUGUUCCUGUUAUCAUCCAUUUCAUUGAGUUAAUUAUGCUGUUUUCUUAACUGCACUAGCCUUUGUUUAUGAAUGCUGCUUAUAUGUGGACUUCUCUUCAACAUAUAUCUAGCUACAUAAAUGAUAGUGAAUAAAAUGCUCAUCGUGGAGAAAAGUUGUAUAAAUGAAUUUAAGUGUAAUCAAAUUCCAAGAAUUUUCUUUGACUCUCUUUAGUGUAAAUGUCUUCUAAUAAAACUGAUCAGUGUGGAUGUUGA